AUGGCCGCCGAUAGCAGCCGGUGGACGCGGAACAGCAGCCGAUUGCUCUGUUUAAUAAUAUUUUUCUUCUACUUUUCUUCAUAUAAUGGAGUUAACGCUGCUCCGGAAAUGGGCCUGUGGACUGUCACAGUGUUUAAUUCAUCCAGACAUUUAUUGUUACGGAAAUCCAUGUAUAAGGACACUGACAUUCAGCUGAGAGUGGGUUCGUUUGAUUGUCCGGAGGAAGUGUCUUUCACCAUCCAGUGGUUUUUUAAGUAUUACCCAUGUCACAAUGAGUACAACAAUCUUGAAGAAAUGUAUCAGAAGACGCCGCUGAGUCGACGUGAUAGUCUGGACCCCAACCCUUUUGGACCCGGAGAAUAUAUUCAGCAUAAAUACAAGGAGUUUUCCUGCAACAAUGACAUGCACAUCUUCCCCAUGCUCAAUAAGUCAAAAGCAGAACCGAAAACGGUGAAACCGGGUGUUGGAGAAAACGACUUAAAGGACGACAGUUUCACAAGUUCUUCUGUUGCUGAGGCUGGAACAUUUAAACCAAAGGCAAAGGAUCAUGUGAUUUCAACAACCUGGAGGGACGGACCAUAUCUGCUAUUGGUUAAGAUUCAUCCAAGCAGACAAGAUGUGAACUGGAAUUUAACCUUCAGUGUUGUGAUGAUGGGAGCUCACGGUUAUCUUUCUGUCACUGAAUGGCCUCUCAUGAUCUUCUACAUGGUGAUGUGUAUGGUGUACAUCCUCUACGCUGUGCUCUGGUUCGUCUGGUCGUCCUGCUACUGGAAAGAUCUGCUGAGGAUCCAGUUCUGGAUUGCGGGAGUCAUUUUCCUGGGCAUGAUCGAGAAGGCCGUCUUCUGUGCUGAAUAUCAGAACACCAACACCGUGGGAUCAGCAACUCAGGGUCUGCUGAUCUUCGCUGAGCUCGUCUCUGCUCUGAAAAGGACUCUGGCUCGUUUGCUCGUCAUCAUCGUCAGUCUGGGCUACGGCAUUGUCAAACCUCGUCUAGGCACCGUCAUGCACAGAGUGGUUGGUCUCGGUGUGCUUUACUUCGCAUUCGCUGCCAUUGAGGGGGUUCUGAGGAUCACUGGGGCUAAAGACUCUGACCUGGCCCUGCUAGCCAACAUUCCCCUGGCUCUGCUUGACUCCUCUCUGUGUUGGUGGAUAUUUGUCAGUUUGGCACAAACCAUUAAGACUCUAAAACUCAGAAGAAACCCAGUGAAGUUGUCUUUGUACAGACACUUCACCAACACACUCAUCUUCGCUGUUCUGGCUUCAAUCGUUUUCAUGGUUUGGACGACAAAGAAGUUUCGGUUAGCAGACUGUCAGGGGGACUGGAUGGAGCUGUGGGUGGACGAUGCUUUCUGGAGGUUCCUCUUCUCUAUUAUUCUGCUGGUCAUCAUGUUUCUGUGGAGGCCGUCUGCUAAUAACCAAAGGUAUGCCUUCACACCGCUCAUUGAUGACUCCGAUGAUGAGGAGAUCGAGGAGUUCCUGGUGUCUGCAAAUAUUGCUGAUGGGAUAAAGUUGAGAGCAGCUAAAACAGAAACCAAUGGAACAGUGAAGCCUCCAGCAACUAAUCCGGAUGAGGAUUUGAAGUGGGUGGAGGAGAAUAUUCCUACCUCUCUGACUGAUGUAGCUCUUCCUGUUCUUCUCGACUCAGAUGAGGAGAUCAUGACCACCAAAUACGAGAUGUCUAAAAUGGAGUGAGUUUGAGGAAUGCUCGAGAUCCUCUGACGGAGAUCUGACCCUCAUAGAGCCACAGACUCGGACCGUUUUCUUCCUGCUGCGGUUGGUUGGUGGAUUUUUGAGUUGAUUGAAGGAAUCCUGCUGAAGGUGCAGACAUAUUUUAGCUGGUUUAGACGCCAUUCUACCUGAACUCUGUGUGAGGCGUUAACUCUUGUUUUCCCGAAACGUCCUGAAGACUGUAACGUCGUCAUCUAUGUAAAAAGAGACAAGUGUUUAUGUUUCUAAUGACAUACUUGUCAAAAUUGUGUGCGGCGAUAAUGUGUUAUUGGAAUGGAUUAAAAUGGGGUUUUGUUUUGCGUGUGUAUGUGUGUGCUGGCGUGGGUCUUGAAAAAACACUAAGGAACAUGGUAAUACUUGAAAGGGUGUUCAUAAGACUGUCAUGAAACUUUUAUAAUCUUAUAACAACUGUUAUAACAACUUAUAAAAAGCUUAUAACAACUGUUAUUAAGUGUCAAUGGCACAGUUAUGUCAUUUUAAAUGACAUUGUUUUUAUAAUGACAACUUGACAUAAAUACAUCACAACCAGUCUUCAUCUUUGUUAUGACAACUUGUCAUAAAUCCGUCAUAAACAUGAUUGUCAAAUAGAGCAUUUGUCUGCUGUUCAAACCUAGCCUAGAGCACUAUCAGCUGUUCAAAAGUAGCCUUGAGCAUCAUCUGCUGUUCAAACCUAUCCUAGUGUGUCGUCUGCUAUUCAAACCUAGCUUAGAGCACCACCUGCUAUUCAAAUCUAGCACCAUCUGCUGUUCAAAACUAGCCUAGAGCGCCAUCUGCUUAUAAAAAAACUAGCUUAGACCAUCAUCUGUUCAAAACUAGCACAGUGUUUGUCUGCUGUUCAACCCUAGCUUAGAGCACCACCUGCUGUUCAAAUUUAGAACCAUCUGCUUUUACAAAAACUAGCCUAGAGCGCCAUCUACUUAAUAAAAAAACUAGCUUAGACCGCCAUCUGCUAUUACAAGAAAGCCUAGAGCACCGUCUGCUGUUCAAAACUAGCCUAGAGCGUUGUCUACUGUUCAAACUUAGCCUAGAGCACCAUCUGCUGUUCAAGCAUAGCCUAGAGCUCCAUUUGCUGUUCAAAACUAGCACCAUCUGCUGUUAAAAACUAGCCUAGAGCACCAUCUGCUUAUAAAAAACUAGCUUAGACUGCCAUCUGCUAUUAAAAGAGAGCCUAGAGCGUCAUCUGCGGUUCAAAACUAGCACCAUUUGCCGUUUAAAACUAGCCUUGAGCGCCAUCUGCUUAUAAAAAAAUUAGCUAAGACCACCAUCUGCUAUUAAAAGAAAGCCUAAAGAACCGUCUGCUGUUCAAAACUAGCCAGAGAGCGUUUGUCUGCUGUUCAAACCUAGCCUAGAGCGCCAUCAGCUGUUCAAAAGUAGCCUAGAGCAUCAUCUGCUGUUCAAACAUAUCCUGGUGUGUUGUCUGCUAUUCAAACCUAGCUUAGAGCACCAUCUGCUGUUCAAAACUAGCCUAGAGCACCAUCUGCUAAUAAGAAACUAGCUUAGACCGCCAUCUGCUAUUAAAAGAGAGCCUAGAGCACCAUCUGCUGUUCAAGCAUAGCCUAGAGCUUUAUUUGCUAUUCAAAACUAGCGCCAUCUGCUGUUCAAAACUAGCCUAGAGCACCAUCUGCUUAUUAAAAACUAGCUUAGACUGCCAUCUGCUAUUAAAAGCAAGCCUACAGAACCUUCUGCUGUUCAAAAUUAGCCUAGAGCUCCAUCUGCUGUUAAAACUAGCACCAUCUGCUGUUAUAUAGAUAGCAGCGCUAUCUGCUUAUAAAAAACUAGCUUAGACUUACAUCUGCUAUUAAAAGCAAGCAUAGAGCACCGUCUGCUAUUCAAAACUAGCCUAGCUGUGUUUGUCUGCUGUUCAAACCUAGCUUAGAGCAUUACCUGCUGUUCAAAUCUAGAAACAUCUGCUCAAAACUAGCCUAGAGCGCCUUCUGCUUAAUAAAAAAAAAUAGCUUAGACUACCAUCUGCUAUUAUAAGAAAGCCUAGAGCACCGUCUGCUGUUCAGACCUAGCCUAGAGCACCAUCUGCUGUUCAAGCGUAGCCUAGAGCUCCAUUUGCUGUUCAAAAUCAGCGCCAUAUGCUGUUCAAAACUAGCCUAGAGCACCAUCUGCUUAUAAAAAAACUAGCUUAGACUGCCAUCUGCUAUUAAAUGCAAUCCCAGAGAACCUUCUGCUGUUUAAAACUAGCCUAGAGCGACAUCUGCUGUUAAAACUUAGCCUAGAGCAUCAUCUGCGGUUCAAAACUAGCACCAUUUGCUGUUUAAAACUAGCCUUGAGCGCCAUCUGCUGAUAAAAAACUAGCUAAGACCGCCAUCUGCUAUUAAAAGCAAGCCUAGAGCACCGUCUGCUGUUCAAACCUAGCCUAGAGCGCCAUCAGCUGUUCAAAAGUAGCCUAGAGCAUCAUCUGCUGUUCAAACCUAUCCUAAAGUGUCGUCUGCUGUUCAAAAGUAGCUUAGAGCACCACUUGCUGUUCAAAACUACCCUAGAGCGCCAUCUGCUUAUAAAAAACUAGCUCAGACCGCCAUCUGCUAUUAAAAGCAAGCCUAGAGCACUGUCUGCUGUUCAAAACUAGCCUAGAGUGUUGUCUGCUGUUCAGACCUAGCCUAGAGCGCCAUCUGCUGUUCAAACCUAGCCUAGAGUUCCAUUUGCUGUUCAAAACUAGCACCAUCUGCUGUUGAAAACUAGCAUAGACUGACAUCUGCUAUUUAAAGCAAGCCUAGAGAGCCGUCUGCUGUUCAAAACUAGCCUAGAGCAUUUGUCUGCUGUUAUAAUCUAGCCUAGAGCAUCAUCUGCUGUUCAAACCUAUCCUAAAGUUUCGUCUGCUGUUCAAAUCUAGCCUAGAGCAUCAUCUGCUGUUCAAACCUAUCCUGAAGUUUCAUCUGCUGUUCAAACCUAGCCUCUAGUGCCAUCUGCUGUUCAAGUCUAGCUUAGAGCUCCACCUGCUAUUCAAAUCUUGCACCAUCUGCUUUUCAAAACUAGCCUAGAGCGCCAUCUGCUUAUAAAAAACUAGCUUGGAACGCCAUCUGCUAUUAAAAGCGAGUCUAAAAGCAGCUCCUGCUGUUCAAAACUAGCCAAGUUAAUCAAAACUAAUGACAGUUGUUAUAAGCAUGCGUAAAAUCUCAUUCACAUUCAUGACAUCAUGUCAUGAUUAUAAAUGUUUAAUAACAGUUUUAUGAACCCCUCUUCAAGUAUUCAAGUGUUAGCAGAUGUUGACCAAAGCGUCCUCUACGUUUCCAUUAAGUUGUCGCUGACUGUAUAUAAAGUGUUAUUUUCCAAUAUUAUGUCUGUAAGUUCAGCACAUGAUGUGAAUAGUACUAGCGAUUUGUAUUUGCUUGAGUUUGUACAGGGAGUAAUUUAAUUGAGGGAUGAAUCAAUGAUUAUGAACUAAUUUGUAUGGUUUGUUUUGUACAGAGCCCAGAUCAACUUACUGAAAGAAGCACAGUUCCCCUCAGAAAUUGAUAUUAAGUUAUUUGUCUCGUCUUUCAAACCUACAUGCCGUUAUUUGUACCGUGAAGCACAAAAAGGAGAGGCUUUGAAGGAAAAUGUCUCAGUUACUUGUGAAUUAUACAGCAAAAUGUGAGCCAUCGUUGGCCAAAAACCUGUAUUUUUGUUGCAUUUGCUUCUAUUGUGCAGUCUAAAACCUACUUUUUGGACACAAGAUUGGAAAUUAGUGCAACGUAUUUACAUUUUUUUUUAAUGAAGGAUUUUAUUUUAUUUACUUUGCAAAUAUGUAGCAUGAAGGCUCGCAGUUAUUGCAUUACAUGGUAGAAAAAAGGUAACACUUGAUGGGGUGUUCAUAAGACUGUCAUUAGACUUUUAUAAGUAUGACAUCAUAAAUAUGGAGGCAAGACUUUAUGCUUGCUUAUAACAACUGUUAUUAAGUGUCAUUGGCUCAGUUAUGACAUUUAAAAUGUAAAGAGGACAUUAUUUGUUAUGACAACUUGACAUAAAUACAUCACAACCUGUCCUCAUCUUUGUCAUGACAACUUGACAUUACAAAACUUGUCAUAAAUCUGUUAUAAACAUGAUUGUCAUUAAGCUGUUAUAAGUGUGUCAUGAAUUCUAUAACAUCGUCAUUAAUAUUUUUUAACCUCAACUUCAGUAGUACAAGCUGAAUUUGUUAUUAAAAUGUCAUUAAAUAUUAAUGACGCUCUUAAAAUGAUUUGACAGAGUAAUGACACUUUAAAAGAGACAUUUUAAUGACAAAUUAACUGAAAACCUGAUCGUAAAAAUAUUCAUGAUGCAUUUAUAAUGCCUCUUGACAAUCAUGUUUAUGACGGAUUUAUGACAAGACAAUUUCUGUCAAGACAAAACCGGUUAUGAUGCAUUUAUGUCGCUUAAUUACACGUAAUAAAAUCUCAUUCACAUUUAUGACGUGUCAUGUCAUGAUUAUAAAGGUUUUAUGACAGUCUUAUGAACACUCCUUCAAGUAAAGUGCUACCAAAAAGCGUAGUUAUAUGGUUUAAUCAACUUGAAGGUGAGUAAAUGUUCAAUUUUGUGUGAAGUAUACUUGUAAGUCAUUAUUCUUUUGUUUUUGAGGAGAAGUGUGUGUCUCGAUCACUCUGUAGAUGCACACUGAAGCCUUAACAUACGCUUCGUUUUGCUUCAAAUGCUUCAGGGGUGUCCAAACUCUGUCAUGGAGGGCCGGUGUCCUGCUUAUUUUACUUCAAAUCCCAAUUAAACACACUUGAACAAGCUAAUUAAGCUCUUUGGUAUGCUAGAAACUUCCAGGCAGGUGUGUUGAAGGAUGUUGGAGCUAACUAUACAGGACACCGACCCUCCAGGACCAAGUUUGUACACCCCUGCUGUAAAUCAUUUUGCCUUUUCUGCUCUGGACAUUCUGUGACAGACUAAACAACGUGUGGUUUACUAUUAGUGUUGCCACGAUACUGGAAUUCGAUACCAAUCGAUACUGAAAUUUUAAAAACGUCCAUUUCCUGCGAACAUUUGAGCACGUUCUUAAACAACGCUGAUUUGCCAUUGUGUUCACAUGCUCAACAGAAAUGACUGUGAUUGGCUGUGGAGGUCAUCAGUUCACCGAACUCACCGCUGUUUACUAAGUGCAACCAAAGAUACAGGAACACUGGAGCGUUUUAAAGCUGCGAUUCAUCAGUGGAUCACUCGUAUGUCAGCUUAUAGACAAACCAGCUGAUCGACGUGACUUUGAAGCGCUCCAGUGUCCCUGUAUCUGUGGUUUCACUCAGUAAACAGUGGUGAGUUCGGUGAACUGAUGACCUUCACAGCCAAUCACAGUCAUUUCUGUUAAGCACGUAAGCACAAUAGCAAAUCAGCACUGUUUAAGAACGUGCUCAACAGCGCUCAAAUGUUCACGGAAAAUGGACAUUUUUAAUAUUUCAGUAUCAGGACAACACUAUUUAUUAUGCUGUACCACAUUGAACAGAAUGACUGUUCAACCUCAUGAUGUUUUCGUAUACAUUUUUGCAUUAUUCAGAUGGAAAAUACAUCAGAUAACUUCAAAAUUGUGUAUGAUAUAAAGCGCACUUUAAGUGAAUGUGAUUUCCUGUGGUGGCAUGCAGUGAUGGGCUUAAUUUAUCUGCAUGUUGCUGACCUUGUCCUUCAUAUUUCUGUUUCUUCAUAAAACUCUUUAAUUUCUGUGGUUUUCUUUGAUUAUUAUUUAUUUGUUAGCUUAUCCAUCAGACACUGUUCAAAGAGCGCAGUUGAUGUCCCGUAAAGCUCAGGUCCUGUCUGUUUUCUGUCUACGUGCUUAUUUAUCCACCUUUCAUACACUUUAAAUGAUGUGGGUUGCAAUAAAGACUCUUUAUUACAGUCGAAA